GCGUACGACAGUCGACAACUUAUGGUUACCCUAUUCGUUUGUCUCUGGGGUGCACGUCUUUCUGGAUAUCUGCUGUAUCGCAUAAUUAAAUUGGGUCGCGAUAAACAGUUCGAGGACACAAGACGCAACAUAAUCAGAUACGCUGUUUUCUGGACGUUUCAAGCCGUUUGGGUUUAUGUGGUCUCCUUACCAGUGAUAAUCAUUAACUCGCCUCGGCAUUCGCAGCCAAAUGCUCCCAAGACUAUGACCACAUUGGAUUCCACUGGCACAGGAAUGUUCAUUGUUGGUUUGCUGGCCGAAACUUAUGCGGAUUUGCAGAAGUUUUCUUUUCGUCAAGAUCCAGCAAAUCAAGGAAAAUUUUGUAAUGAUGGUCUGUGGAGUCUAUCGCGUCAUCCCAAUUACUUCGGCGAGGUUGUGAUCUGGUGGGGUAUUUUUGCCAUUUCAUUAAAUGUUAUCUCCGGUCACGAAUGGGUCGCUAUCGCUUCACCCAUCUUCACCACUUUCAUUAUACUCUUCCUCUCCGGCAUACCGUUGCGUGAGCGUUCGGCCGAUGAGAAAUAUAAAGACCAACUGGAAUAUCGUAAAUACAAAGCGUCCACAUCACCGUUAAUACCCAUACCGCCGUCAGUGUAUGUGGAAGUGCCGAGCGCAUUGAAAUUCAUCCUGUGCUGUGAGUUUCCCAUUUACGACACCAUGCGCAUCCAGAAGGACAUCAGUCCCUACUCCUUGUCCAUAGCACGUUCACACUCACACAUAUAGCAAUCAGUUGCCCACUCGGGUAGUGGGCAACACGGCGCUGUGGGACAUUCAUUACAGCGACACGGCACCGACGUGGGCUCCGUACAUCGCGGCCAAUGCUACGGUGCUAACGGUGGCGAUGCGGAGAGUCAUCAUAAUUGUGGUGGCAGCUGUCGCAAUGCACACAUCAAAUCGAAUCCAUAUCAGAGCGAGUCGGGCUAUGGUGGCUACACCGGUUACAACAUUAACGGUAGCACGUCACAGCAACGGCAUGCCAAUCUCAAUGCCGUACACAACACCACCGAUGAUGAUGAUGACACCGAUGAUGGUAUUAUCUAUAUGCCGGGGCCGUCAUCGUCCAAAAAACAGCCACACUACUUUCAUGCACCCAUGGUGAAUGCGACGACGGCGGAGAAGAAACAGACUGUCGAACAAUCGGAUGGUGAGGAGCAGGUGGAGCAGGAACUCGAGGAGGACUAUGAUGAGGAUAUACCGCCAAUUGAUUUGAGUAAAGCGCCGAGCGUAGAAAGUUUCACGACGAAAGUGCAAACCGAGAAGGGUGUCAAUGCGGACGGUGCGUCAUUUACGGUAACUACAAUACUGUGAUCGAACAACGGGGAGUUGCAGUCAUAUUAAAAUUACAUAUACAUACCUAUGUACAAGUAUAUGCAUCAGGGGAUGUACCUGCACUGCGUGGGAGGCCGAAACAGAUAUCGUAUGUGUAUUUCCUUAGUUCGAAAUGCAAUUACUUGAGUGAGUAUAGAAUUUAAUUUGUUGCACACAUACCAACAACGAAUGUACUUGCCAGUAUUUAGAAGAACAUAAAAAGAGAGAGAGAUAGUGCGAGAGAGAGGAAGAGGUAGCAAGCGGCGAUCCAUGCCAUUUAGUGGCGUUUAAAAACCGAGAAAGUAUUAAAUUUAAUUGUGCUAUUCGAAAUUAUUUGCGUUGUUGUGUGCAAUAAUGUGCCAAAGGCUAACAUUUUAUUUAAGUAGCUAGCAAAUUUGUAUGAAUGUUCGCUUAUAAGCUCUUUAAGUAAGCAAAGGAAUGCCUAGUACCAAAGAAAAAUAAUAAAGAAAGUCAAUAGCAGACCGCUUAUUCUCUGAUCUCUAUGCAGUAGUAUGUGUGUAAAGUGCAAUUUUUAACAAGAAAAAAAAAGAAAAUAACUGUCUUAUAACUCAAUAAAUCUGUACAUUUGUAUGUGUACUGUAACAAAACUACAGUCCAAAGCAACAAAAACAAUUACAAUAUACUCUAAAAAUGUGCCUGUCAUUUGUUGCACUUAUUCAAAGUCUAUAAAAUUGUUAUGAAAUUACGCAACCAAAAUACCUAAAGGAAAAAAAUAACAAAAAAGUGAAAAUACUACGAUAUAUUAAGAGAUAUAGUUAUGUACAUGAGGGUGGUGUUUAACACUCAGUAGAUAAUUUAUAAUUUCCCAUACCUCAGCUAUAAACUACUAUAUAAGUACAUACCUAUGCUGAAGAAUUCACAUAUACUUUUUGUUCCGUUUAGAGAAAAACUCAAUUUCUCUGUCUCCAUCUAAAACUAUAACACUUGACCCCUGUGUGGCAUUCCUUAACCGCCACAAGCAGUAGGGAAACUUAUUUGUUACAUUUAUGUUGAGUUACUGUUUGAGGCGGUGAGACUGAAAAUAUUCUAGUUUUCAGCUUUUAAGGACCACCCUAAGGUACAUAGGUAUAUGUUGAAAUGUAUAUAACUCUAAAAAAACUCUAGGACAACUUGUUUCUAAAAUUGCUUGUAAAUAGUUCUUUAUAAAUAUAUUUGUUGUUGUAUUGUACAGUAAACCUAUUUCGAAUCCCUAAUUGAAACCUCGAGUACAUUUGUCGAAUAUUUUAUCCGGAAGUAAUGAGAGUAACUAGAGAGAGAGAGUUGUCGAACACUCUAUCAGGAAGUAAUGUGAGUAAAUAAGUUUUAGUUAAUUAUUACUAUUUAUUUCGAUGCCUUGAAAAUACUGCUUUAAUAUUUAGGUUAUAAAUUUUAUAUUUCAAUCUGUUCUUAAAAUACUUUAAAUAUAAAUACAUUCCAAAGUAGCCUUGCGAUGGUUUAAACUUAUAAUAAAUAUCAUUGUUCUGGGGAAAUAUUAAAUAAAAUAGUAUUAACUGUAUUGAAACUUAAUUUAAUCUCAGUACCUCUUGAUGGCUCUUUAGCUCCAUACCGAAUCUAACAUUUUGAAACGUUGGAGUAUAUAUCUUGGGUAGUCGAAAAAUUAUUUUCGUAUUUCUAAUAAAAUUUUAUCAUAUUUUUUUUUAUAACAAUAAAUACAAAAUGAAUAUGUACCAUUUUGAUCGACCACUUUUUGCCAUUUUCCGCUAGAGACAUUAUUCCAUCAGUGUAAAACUUUCAUCAGUGUAAAUCGAAAUUUCGAAAUUUCCAGAACGGAAGCGAGCGAACCAUUGUUGUGCUACACGAACUGAUACAGCAUCGUCUCCGUAAACUUCACAAAUUUCAUUGGUGGCUUGCGUGGCAUUCUUUCCUUUUUUAUACAAAAAUUUCAAAAUAUAGCGAAUUUCUUCAUUAUUUUCACUCAUUUUUGAACAGCUGUAACUUUUUUUCAACUUUACCGAUUUUAAUUUUCAAAUGAAGCUUAGAAUCUCACCUUUCUAACACUAUAUAGUAUGACACAAUGUGAUUGGUAGCACCGGAGAUAUACGACUGCAACGACAUCUAUUGACAAAAUACGAAAAGACUUUUUCGACUACCCAAUAUUCUACUACCCAAUGUACUACUUCUGUCUGAAAAAAGUUUCACAUAAACCCAAGAGCACUCUAGAGCCUAUUUUAGAACAAUUGUCGAAUAACGUUAAACGUUAGCACAGUUUCAUUUUUUAAAGCAUAAAAGAGCAUAAACCCCCUUUAUUUUGAUUUUGAUCGGCCAAUUGGAAUGGCAGCUAUAUCCUAAAGUCGUUCGAUAUGAAAUUUAUUUGGAGAUUAUGGCGCUGCAUAAGGUAAUAUUACUAUAUAUGUCGAAUUUUAUGGAGAUAUCUUAUCAAAUAAAAAAUAUGGUCGAUUCCGACAGAUGAGAACUUUCUUGUAGAGAAAAGGGACUUAGGGUCUAGUUCGCGUAUAUAUAUGUAGAUAUGGGCAGGCAGGCGGACAUGUCUAAAACGACUCAUGCUCAUCGCGCGAAACUAACCAAAAUUCACUCGGGAUAAUUACUUUAGAGGGAAAUGUGAUUUGAUUUCAUUUCAAUGAAUAUCUGAUAUAUUUUAAAGUGCAAAUAUAGGUUUAAAAAAAUAUCAUAAUUUUUAGAACUUAGUCUUUUGGGCCCGAUUUUAAACGUAAAAAUAUUUCAUAAUUAAUUUCCGGAUAGACCUUUGACAGAUUGUACUCAUGCAAAAUAACGAAGAUAAAAAUGUAUUAUUUUGCAAACGAGCUGUGUUUUUUAUUCACCAGCACUACGAUGGCUUAACUUUUUAUAGAAUUCUCUUGACUAAGAUGUAUUUGUGCUGUUUUAUUUUACGACUCAGUUGCAAAAUAGUGCAGUUUUUAUUGCAGGCUUGUAGAUAUGUACAUAUGUACGAGUAUGUAAUUAAACUUUCAUAUAUUCAAAAAGUAACAGGAUUUUUUGGAUAGAAAGCAGUAAGGGUUCACUUAUUUAUACUCAAAUAAUUUUGAUAAAUAAAUAUAUAUCUAUAUAUAUAAAGGAUGAUCCAUUUCGAGUCUCCCUACUUCCACAGAUACUUCAAAUUUAAUGGGAACUAUUUACGAUCAUUCGAAAGAACAUUCCUUAGCAUUUAUUUUUUGAAAAUUACCUCAUUCAAAUGUUGGUCGCGGAUACUUCACAGAUGGCUCAGCCAUUAAAUCCAAUUUUCGAUGACUCGUUCGAGCUUUUCGAUUGGUAACAGGUCACGUCACAAGUGCUGUUUUGCAUAGGCUUAAGACUUUGCAUAUCCCCAUAGGAAAAAAUCUAACGAUGUAUUAUCACACGAUCUUGGUGACCAAUUCACUUGCCCAAAACGUGAAAUUAUCUACUCACUGAAGGGUUCUCAAAAUAAAUCCAUUGAUUGAUGCCAUAUGUGGGAAGUGACGCACAGUCUUGUUGAAACCAAAUGACGUCGAAAUCACGCGCUUCAGUUUUAGGCAUCAAAUAGUCGUGACAACGGUCGCCAUUUAAGGUUUCUCACCGGCAUCAUUUUUGAAGAAAUAUGAAUCGAUGAUUCCACCGGCCCACAAACCGCAUCAAAUCGUUGAACUGGUAGCUAUUGAGCUCUAAAGUUGCUUUUCGUACUAAAUGCGGUAAUUUUGCUUAUUUACAUGCCCAUUGAGCCAGAAAUGGGCCACAUCGCUGAACAAAAUUUGGCUCGAAAAUCUCGGAUCUUCUUGGAAUUUUUAAAGGAAUAGAGCAAAGCGAUGUCGCUUGAGAACGUCGAGCGGUUUCAGUUCUUGCACAAGCCAUAUUUUAUACGCUUUCUAUUUAAAAUCUCUACUUUAUUUUCUUCAUUGCGGACUGACGUGCUCUAUUCGCUCGAAUAGAAUGAAUGCUGUCUCUCAAGAUUGGUGAUGGUGUUGCAUUUUUUAAUUCCUACUACUUUAGCUGUCCUUCCAGUUACUUUAUAAAUAUAUGGUACAUUGGUACAUACCUAUACAUAUACAUACAUAUAUAUCUAAUAGCAAACAUACUCAACAGAAGUAGUUACUACUUGCUGCACAUAGUUAACUGCGGUACUAUACCACACACAAGAGACCCACCAUCGUAGCAGAUGUCGCAUCAAACAUAUCCAAUAGCAAGCCCAACAAAAGUUUUAACUUUGAACUCGAAGUACAACUAACCAUAAAAGUUUUAAAUUAGAAAACAAAAACAAAAAUUAAAAUGAACUACCACACUAAUUUGUACCCAUUGCAGAUUCCUUUAUAAAGUAGUUCAAGAACUUUAACAUAUCCAAACUCGUAUGUCUGUAUGUACUAUAUAUAACGAAGGCAACCUAGAACUACUUAGCAUGUUAAAGACAUGUAUUUGUUGCAACAAAAUCAAAAUUACAUGUAAAAAAUUAACAAAUAUUUUAAAUAUUUUCUACACACACACCCUUUAACCCCUUUUUAACAGGAAAUUUGUUACUGCAAGUUAAAUAGUAUGUGGAAAGGGUAAUGUAUUAAAAAGUAAAAGGCACAUUGAAGAUGUGACAGCAGAGGAACAAAAACUACAAAAAUAAGAAAAACAUAUUUUUUUGCUUAGGAUCUCUAAAGCGUCAAAACUUUAUAACAAGCAAUUAUUACGGUAUAUUAUGCAUCAAUAUAAAUGAAAACUAAAAUUGAUAUUACAAGACUGUUGCUGCUAACUCUUCAAUGUGCUUCAAGGGCUUAGGCCAGUCUAAAGAGAAGUUAACAAUUUAUUCAGGGUUCUGGAAAAGCGUCGAAUGUCUCUUUUUCAGGCUUCAUUAAUAAUAUACUCAGUAUACAUAUUAUAACGGUAUUUUCAAUAAGAGCGCUACAAUAGAAAAAAACGGUUUGGGAUAUCAACGAAAUCUUUAUAAAAGAUUUCUGUGAAAGUAUUUUGAUGCCAUUAUGUAUGGAACUCGUUUUCUUUUGCAUGACCACCACGGACAAGCGUGAGAAGUCCAGACGCUGAACUCAAUUUUCGACGGUUUUCAAGCAUAAAUCGGCCCAUACUGCUGCAAUUUCACGUUCGAUAUUCGUACGAAGUUCAUCAAUCGUCACUGGCUUGAUGGCAUAGACAGUAGACUUAACGUAUGUAGCUCCCCAGGUAAUAGUCUGACUGCGUCAAAUCGCACGACCGAGGCGGCCAAUUGACUGGGCCAUUUCGUAAGUCAACACGUUCACCAAACUUGGUUUUCAAUAACUCGAUUGUGACAUUCACUGUGGUGCCGUCAUAUUGGAAUCACAUAUUGUCCAAAACCAUAUCAACCAAGCGGUAGCGAUUUCCCGUUUCAGUAACGUGCCGGUCUUGAAAAUCCCGAAAGAAAUACGGCACCGACGCCUAAACCGUAUCAAACCAUAAUUUUUUGGAAUGCAAUGGUGGCUCAUGAAGUACGCGUGGAUUGCUGCCUGACCAAUAACACAUAUUUUGCCUAUUGACGAAGCCAUUCAGCCAGCAAUGAGCUGAAGAGAAUUUUUCGUUGAAAAUCCGGAUCAUUUUAAAGUUGUUGCUCAGCCCAAAUUAACGAAAAUACAACGAUUCUGGUGUUCAAGUGGCUUCAGUUCAUGCGUCAGUUUGAUCUUGUAAGGAUGUAGACCAAGAUCUUUUCGCAAAAUUCGGCACAACGACGUCACAGAGAUGCCCAACGCUUGAGAACGAUGUGUAAGAGACUGAUUUGGCUUUUCCUCAAUUGAUGAGCUUGCGGCAACAAUAUUCUCGACAUUGCGGGCACUUCUUUGCCUUACUGGCACGGGAACAUUUUGCACUGUAUCCGUGGAUUCAAAUUUUCCACUAGUCGCUUAAUUGUUGAUCUGACAGAACGAUUAUGACGACCAUAAAUUGGACGUUGUGCUUUUAAAGUUGAGGCCACUGACUCCGAAUUUCGAUAGCAAAUUUUAAUAAUUUUGACCCGUUGUUUGAUCGUAUAUUUUUUCAUGCUGAAUGGCAAACCUUAUUGAAGAGAAAUGUCAAAAGAGUGGAAAAGAUAUGACGUCGUUUGCUGUCCCCAGCGGUCUAAUUUGUACCGUUCCUAUUGAAAAGCCCAUUAUAUAUAAAAUAUAUUACAAAAAAAUUAAAUAAACAUAUAUUAUUUUACGUGCUGGGGUUGACUUACCUGAACCCUUCGAUAAUAUUCUAAGAGUUGAAUGAUAAUUUUAGAACCCUAAAGAGUAACUUAAGCCAAAACAAAAAUAUAUUUUUUGAAAAUCUUAGACUGGCCUAACCACUUAAAACUAAAAUUUGUUAUAUGACUACGCUUUUGUUUCCUCAUCGUCUAUAUUAUUAUAGAUUCUACUAUUAAUUAAUUUUGUUUUUGCAAUUAAAAAAAUUUUUCUACAAAAUUCGCAACUGCUCAAUUUUGCUCACUCAUGAGCGCUACUGUUGCUCAACACACAAAACACUCGUGUAGUAAUUUGCUCAUACGCUCACGUACGUUUCAUGAAUGAGCUCUAACGGAUUUUGUACUUACGCUCUAGUGUUAUUGUAACAUUAUAUACUAUAUUUUUUUUCAAAAUUAAAAGACUUACUAUUCUAAUAAAUUUACAAAACUAACUAAUUUUUAAGAAAGGAAAAAGAAAUGAGAUUUUAAUACUUAAAAUAAAGAAGCUUGCUUACGUGCUGUCUAUGGAAGAAAUUCUCUUUUUUUAGCUUAAAUACUGUUCUAGACUUUGAAACAAAUUUGACAUUUUUGUAUGCAAGUUUACACACACAUACCUAUACACAUAUUCAUAAUAAAUAUCAAUUAUAGACUAAUAUUUAUUAGCAAGACCCUGUAAAUAUGUAUAAGUAGCCCAGAAACAACAAAUAUACAUGGUGUGUAGACGUGCAUACACGAGUGUAAUUUGAACAUGAAUAACUGUGAAAUCUUUAUAAGAACAAUAAACGAUUUAUUGCAUAAUUAAUAUUUAUUAAAGAUUGUUAGUGUGUGAAAAAAGAAACCGAAAACAGAAAAAAAUAGUUGUAGCAUAAGUUUAAAGAAAAAUAUUGUUUUAUUUCAAUAACUGAAUUACUAAUACUUAUAUAAAAUUGCCAUUUACUCGUACAGUAUUUAUUAGAAAAUUAGUCAAAUAUGGCAACUACAUAAAUAAUUAUUAUAUUUACAUACAUAAUACUAACUAACUACAUACAUACAUACAUAUGUACUCGUAUUUGUACUUGAGAAAUGCAAAAACUGCAAAAAUAAUGUAUAAAAACAUAACUGCAGAAAUAAAAAAUAAUAAUAAAUAAAUAAAUUUACCUUAAAAAAAAUAUUUAAAACGAAGUUGUAUAAGAAACAAACAUACAUAUAAACAAAUACUCAAAAUUGCAUAUGCUGUGGUUACUAAUAAAAUAUUUGGUGGAUGCGAACAAUGGGCAAGUUUUGCCAUAAAUGCUUUUUUAAUAAAAACAAAUAACUGAAAAAAAUAAAAAAUACAAAGAAAUAAUUCUAGUAAUAUGUAGCGGCGAGGAAAGUGUUUUUCGUGCAAAUCUUUUUGAGAAAUCAUUGAAUAUUUACAAUAUUAUAAAAGAAAAUAUUAAAAAGUCAUAAAAGGCAACAACAACAACUCUAUAAUAAAUUAAAUCUGUAUAUUCAAAAAAUAUCUAACAUUCUCUGUAUUUUUAGUAAACAAAAAGAUAAAUGAUAAAUACAUAUAUAGACAACAAUUAUUUCCAAA